UCCGCCCCGCGGCCGCUAAAAGGCGCGCUGGCCGCCGCCCCGCGGGUCCGCGGACGCUCUCCCGGCCGUGCGCUCUGAGCCCAGCGCCCAGCGCCCAGCCAUGGCGUGCCCCCUGGACCAGGCCAUUGGCCUCCUCGUGGCCAUCUUCCAUAAGUACUCGGGCAGGGAAGGCGACAAGAGCACUCUGAGCAAGAAGGAGCUGAAGGAGCUGAUCCAGAACGAGCUCACCAUCGGCGCGAAGCUGCAGGAUGCUGACAUUGCAAAGCUCAUGGAGGACCUGGACCGGAACAAGGACCAGGUGGUGAACUUCCAGGAAUAUGUCACCUUUCUGGGGGCCUUGGCUUUGAUCUACAAUGACGCCCUCAAGGGCUGAAAACCUAUCGGGAGGUGGAGACACCCUCGAGCCGGCCUGCCUAAGUCAAAUACUCAAAUACUGUGGUGGGUAAUUGUUCAAUAAAUACCUUUUUUUGGUCAA